AUGAAUGCUAUAUGCCAACCUGUUCUGCCAGAUGACCCAUAUCUUUUUAAAAUUCAGCAGAAUGGAAGUGUUAUUUUGAACGGUACACUGAGUUACACUGAGAAAAGCAGGUUCUAUCAGUUAACGAUCGAAGCUUCAGACAGUGGUGGAAAGUAUAAUGGAACAGAUGUUACUCACAAAUCCUCUGCAUUUGCAUUUAUUAAUAUUGAAGAUGUUCCUGACAUGAACCCCAAAUUUCAGAACACCCCUUAUCAAGCCACGAUCCCUGAGAAUUCCACAGUGGGAACGACAGUAUUUCGAGUUUUGGCCAUAGAUGGUGAUCUGGGAAUUAAGGACAAAAUUAACUACACCAUUCAAAGUUCAAAACCUCCAGGAUUAUUUGGAAUUUGUUCUCUGAAUGGUGACAUAUGUGUAAAGGGCAAUCUGGACAGAGAGAAUCUUUUUGACUUUAAUUCAGUCGUUGAACUGCAAGUUACUGCUGAAGAAAUGCACCUCAACAUCAAUGGAAUGGUGGCCUCUGCGAAUACAAGUGUAUCCAUCACAGUAACCGAUAUCAAUGACAACACACCUUCCUUCUAUAACUGUAGAAUUAACGCCUGUAAUUUUAAUACGAGUUCAGAAGUCAGCUCAUUUACCACAUCACUUCCUGAACAUGCCCCCCAAGGGGCACCAAUAGAAAGCUUAACAAUAGUGGCCCGUGAUCCUGAUGAGGGUCUGAAUGGAACAUUCAUGCUGCACUUGGAAGGACAAUAUGCACCUGCUUUUACUGUCUCUCCAAGAAAAAUAAAAAAUGAAGGAAUGGUGCAAAUAAUUGUGAGAAACUCAUCAGUCAUUGAUUAUGAGCAACUGAAAGUUAUACAUAUUUACAUUGUUGCAAAUGAUACAACAAAUCCCAAGAACUGUUGCUCCAGAGCUAAUGUGACAAUCAACAUUUUGGACAUGAAUGAUAAUAGUCCAAAGUUCACAGACGAGAGAUAUGUGUUAACCGUGAAAGAACAUGCAAGUAUUGGAACUAUUAUCGGAACUGUUACGGCCACUGAUCCUGAUGAGGGCAUCUUUGGUGAAAUUACAUACAGCCUGUUACCAUUGAGCAUAUAUGAAUUUAAAGUCAACAGUAGUACAGGUGUGAUCACAGUUGGGAACAACACAGCGAUUGAUAGAGAGAGACGUCCCAUUUAUUAUGUGACCCUUCAAGCAACCGAUGGUGAGGAUCGUACAGAUACUACUAUGAUUGAAAUUGUUCUGGAAGAUAUAAAUGAUUUCUCUCCGGAAAUGGCAAGAGAUUCCUACAGUGCAUUCAUCACAGAAGACAAAAUAAACGAAUUAAACAUUAAAAUUGAGGCUUUUGACAAUGAUGAGGAAGGUACCAAUAACAGCAAAGUGCGUUAUGCAAUAAUUGGUGGUGACUACCAACAAAAUUUCACUAUUGAUCCUUACACUGGCAUUCUUCAUUCGAUUGGAGUUAUUGAUCGAGAAGACAUAAACCCUUCAUGUAAUGGAAAAAUCACUCUAAUUGUGGAAGCUCGUGAUUUAGGUGUUCCAUCUCUUUCAACAAAUGUUAGCGUUGUUAUCAAUAUAGAGGAUCGGGAUCCAGUUGGAUAUUAA